AAUGUUGUGUACAUGUUAAUGCAUUCAUUGAUUUGGUAUUAGAACGUUGCAGAACUCCUUUUUGCACUAAAAAAGAAGGUUUUGAAUUCUGAUUGUAACAGUGUUUUCAUAUUACACUGAACUUUAUCAAGGAAAAAAUGAUUCCUCAUAAUGUGAUUAACUAAUCUGACCCAUUCAUGAAAAAUCAAUACAUCACUUCCUAUAUGAUGCUCAUGAAAGUUGAGUGUAGCUCAGUGCCUCUGCAGGUCUUUAUUAUACAGCCAGUCUAUGCUGCCACCUUCAGGAUCCAAAAUGUAUUAUUCUGUUAGUGCAAUACAAUGUGUGUGGUUUGCAAAAAUACAUGUCCAUUCAUAGACAUGGCACAGUGUGCUUUCAUGCAUGUGUGAAAUAUUACUGCUGGAGUUGAUCAGAUUUUAAUUUAUUGUGCAAUAGCUUUUAAACCUUGUUGAUCUGAUUAAUAUGCCCUAUCCUUGCACUAUUGUAGAUGACACGACUGGUACUGCCCAGGAUGGUAGAGAGGUCUAAAGGAGUGAUCUUGAAUGUUGCUUCUGCGAGUGGCAUGUACCCUGUUCCUCUUCUCACCCUCUAUUCUUCCUCAAAGGCCUUUGUGGACUUCUUCUCCCGUGGACUUGAAGCUGAAUACAAAAGCAAAGGGAUUAUUAUACAGAGUGUGCUGCCGUUUUAUGUGACGACAAAACUGAGCAAGAUCAGGAAGGCCACUCUUGACAUUCCCACUCCAGAAUGCUACGUUAAAGCCCAGCUGGGCACUGUAGGCCUGCAGACUCAGUCGAAUGGUUACUUCCCUCAUGCCGUCAUGGGUUGGGUGACUACUGCUCUGCUUCCUGCGAAACUGCUCAACAAAUAUGUUAUGAGCAUGGGGUUGUCCCAGCGUGCACGCUAUCUGAAGAAACAGAAGCAAGGUUAGAAUCAGAAAAAGGACAGACAGAGGGUUGAAGGGAUGGUGUGAUUAAACGAAAAGAAAAAAAAAAUCCCCAAUCUCUCUGCCUUUUUGCUGUCAGGGGCCAAGAGCAAUCACACCCAACUGCUCCUGAGAUGGUACAAAACAAGCAAUUAAUUUUCCAGACAUUAGAGUGGUUUAUUGAGUCGUAGCUAACCAAAACAUGAUUUGCUUGAACAGCCUUUGCUGACCAACACAGUUCUUAUUAGCUUGGUAAGACAAAUACGGAAUAGCUGAAGUUCUUUGUAUCCUAACAGUCACUAACAGCAUUGAUCAGUACGGUUUGUUUGGUUUUCUUUAAUGUUUAAAGAGAGUAAUCGUGAUCUGAUGAACAUGAACAAUGAAAAAAAUGUUCUCAACCUGAAUGCAGUGUCUAUUUGUGCAACAACACGUCCAUUAACAUAAUCAAAAGAUUUACAAGUGAUAUGACUGAAAUUAGGCAGGUUGCCCGCAAAUAUUUAAAAAUUGUAUCUGCAGCGUCUACAAAAUAGUGCACUUAUAAUUCUUGGUCCAUAUUUGCUUUUUUUCAUCUGACUCGGCAGUUG